CGCUGCUUUCGUGUUGAAAAAAGGGACCGAGUCACCUCAAACUUAGAAUUCCCAGAGGACCUAGGAAAUGGGGAUUUUAGUCAUGAAAUGGAGCUAGAUAGAAGCCGCGGCUUGAGGCAUUUGUCAUGACCCGGGUCCCGGAAAGAGCCCAAGUGCCUGUGUUACCAUCUCAAGCCACGCCGAGGCAAGGACCUCUACCUCUACUUCCGGACUUAGCAUCGCCAACCUAGUUGUUUCACACCUUACUUAUUCGUCAACCAAAUCUAGCAGUAUAUUAUCAAAGUCCCGUGAUCCCCUAAUACGUAGUAACUAUAUCAUACAUAUCAUUGUCCAGCCAUGUCCAACCCAGCCCCAACCUUCCUCAACACAGUCUACUACCCCAGCUGGCGCGUAUACAAAGGCUUCCCCCCCUCAACCCUGCAACUCAACUGCAUCGACCAAGUCUUCUACGCCUUUGCUAGGCUCAACGUAGACGGCACCCUUAAGUACCUGGACGAGUACGCGGACCUAACCAAGCCCGUCGACGGGGAAACCGGCUGCCUCCGCGCCCUCGCCAAGCUAAAACAUCAGAAGCCCUCCCUCAAAACCCUGAUCUCCAUCGGCGGCGGCAGCGGCAGCGCCGAGUUCCCAGCCGUAGCCGCGGACCCAGCCCUCCGCGCCACCUUCGCAAACUCAUGCAGGCAAUUCGUCGACGAGUUCGCGCUAGAUGGCGUAGACAUAGACUGGGAGCACCCAGAAACGCCCGAAGCCGGGUCUAACUUCAUCCUCCUCCUCCGCGCGCUGCGCUCCGCGCUCCCCUCGCCGCGGUACCUCCUCACGACCGCGCUGCCGGUCGGCGAGUACUGCCUCAAGAACAUCGACAUCGGCGCCGCGGGCCAGCUGCUAGACACCCUGAACCUGAUGGGCUACGACUUCAACGGGCCCUGGACCGACGUCUGCGGACACCACGCGCAGCUGCUCCGACAACCGGGCGACGAGCGCGCGAUCCAUCCGGGCCUGCGGCACAGCUGCCACCGGGGCGCGAGUUUCCUCCUCGCGCACGGCUUCCCCGCGCGCAAGCUCGUGCUCGGCGUCCCGGCUUACGCGCGUUCGUUUACCGGGGCUAGGGGCGUUGGACAGCCGUUCAGCGGCGCGGCGGAGCUGGAUUACAACGAGUUGCCGCCUGAGUGGAUUCGGGACGCGGUCGUGGAUGAGAACGUCGCUGCUGCAAGUUAUGUCGAUAGCGCGCCGGGAGGGAAGGGGUUCGUGAGUUUUGAUGUGCCGAGGACGGUGGGCAUGAAGGCCGAGUAUGUUAAGCAGAUGGGGUUGGGCGGGUUGUUCUACUGGACUGGUGUGGGUGAUGUGAAUGGUCCGGAUAGCUUGGUUAGAGCAGGUUAUGAGGGCUUGGAUCGUAGGUAAGGAGGCGAGGAUGAAGAAAGGGGAGUCCUAAGUUUCUCGGGCUUGUAUCAGUUCUGUAGACGUAGAUCUACGUGCCUAGGUUUAUUAAUUAGAUACUUCCUUGCUAGGAGCAUUGCUAGCCCUCUUACAGGUAGUAGGGUAAAAGGGGGAGGGUAAAUCUAUAAACUGUAAGUAUCGUUACCUCGAAAAUGACUUACAACACAGAAAGGGAUCUAGAUGUCUUGGCCAGUAAUACCCCUAUUACAAUUCAAGGAGGAGUUCUCCGUGUUAUAAUGGUCACCGUGUUUCGAUCAUAGCAACCCCAAUCUAGGC